UUCUAGUAUGUUUUUCAGCAUUUUUUUCUUCAUAAUAUAUAUGAAGCUCAAACUCGUUGGAGACGGAUUCGUUAAUUGGUAUAUUUACUACUUCUCGUAAACAAAUUAACCUUGAAUUCGACUAUAUUUUUACCUCCGAGUCGGAUAUUUAACGUAUCGUAGAAUUGAUCUUAGAUUGCAGUCGCGUCUCAACCAUAUUGUAGAUGAACUCGCGUCUAUAAAGUGUGUUCCAUAACGUCGCACGUACUGAUCCUCGUUAAUCCUCUUUUAUUAAUAUUUAGAAAUUUUAUGUGGUUAAAAAGAGGAAGUUUUUGUUCAAUUUGACCUAAUCUAUCUGCACACGUGCGUUGUCAUAUCUUGUGUCAAACACCUUAGAAAUUUAUAUAGAAAUUUGUGGCCGAUACAGGCGAAACAAAAAAGAACCAAUGCCAGAAUUACAACCCACCAUGAUAGAUGCGAAACAAUACAGCCAAUCUAAUGAUGCGUCGCAAAAAGGUAUAAUACAUAUAAUCAACGAGUUUGAUGAGCAACUGAUAAAUAUAUCCGGAAAGUGUAUGGAUAUCGGUUGCGGUCCUGGUGAUGUAACACGAAACAUUAUUUUGCCGGCACUCCAUAUGGAAGCAACGAUAAUUGGUACGGAUAUUUCGGAGGAUAUGAUUAAAUAUGCUAACAAAUUAUACGAAGACGAAAAACGACUUGAAUUCGAAAUAUUGGAUAUUCAAACAAAGAAUCUACCUGAUAAAUACAUAUCUGAAUUCGAUCAUGUAUUCUCGUUUCACACUUUGCAUUGGUGCGACGAUAUACGACAGGCGUUGGAGAAUAUUUAUCAUAUACUUCGACCAGGUGGAACAUUUCUUUGCGCAAUGGUAACAUCUCAAAAUAUUUUCAUUAUUUUGCAUAAAAUGGCGCAAGAUACCCGUUACGCCUCUUAUGUAACAAAAUUCAACAAGUUUCUUACACCAUUUCAUAACAUACCUCAACCUGACAAAAAAAUGAAAAAAUUACUCCAAAGUAUCGGAUUUGUAAUUAAUCAUUGCAGUCACCGAGAGAGAACCAUUUUUAUUAAGAAUGUACAGAAGUUUCCAUCUGCGAUAUUGUCUUUCGUAUCAUUAUUUUUGAAAGACAUGCCCUACAACCUACUGGAACAAUUUAAAGAUGAGUUUACUCGGGAAUAUACGAGAACACUAUUUGGUCAUGCAAAACUGUAUAAUGAUGAAAUGGCAGCAUUGGAUCUACACGAAAUAUUGGUAUUUUAUGCACAAAAGAUAACAAAAGAAGACAAUGAACGAUGCCGUUGAGGAUGAACUCAGAAAAUAUUUAUUUUUAUUUUUUAAUUUUUAUUUUAUUUUUUUUAGUAAUUAUUUCGUCACUCUAUUUAUUAUAAAUUAUUUUAUUAUAAAUGCUAAAUUUUAAUUAAUGCUAUAUAAAACCAAUCAAAACAGAAAUUAGUACAAGGUUAAUUAAUGUGAUCACACGAUUAAAAAACUUUUAUCUGUAAUAAUAUAUUCUGAGAAUACUUUAUCAACUAUUACUAUUUAGUUUGGUAUUAUAUAGCUUAGUAGUUUGGUAUUAUAUAGCUAUAUAGUUUAGUUGACUUUAAUUUAUAAAUAUAUGCUAAUACCUACGAUUACUUUUAAAAGCACAACUGAACAUAAUCGGCAGUAACAAAGUGUCGUCUAAUGCCGUGUCCAAAACUAUUAUAAACAUGAACCUAAUAUAACUGUAACUUAAUAACUGUAAUAAAUAUGAAAACCUGUGUACCUAUA